GAGCUUUUGUAUUCAUCUGUUGUUUGUCCCUUGAAAACUACAAGGGAAAACACUAUAUUUCAACUCUCAUAAAACAAGCUCAACUAUCUUGCCAUUUUUAGGCAUUUGGUAAUUGAAUAUGGAAGACCAAUGGGGAUUUUGCCCUAAUGAAGAGGGAAUGGAGGAUUUAAAGCACACCCUUUUGUUUACAACGAUGGAGCUAGAGAAUACACUAAUAUCAGCUAAAGAGGAGGUCACAAAGAGAGACCUUGAAUUGAUUCAUCUCAAGGAUGUUCUAAGCAAGACGAUGAGAGAACGAGAUGAUGCUCGGCGUCGAUGCCGGAACCUAGUGCUGGAGAAAUUCGUACUACUCGAGCAACAAUCACAGCACAAGCAAGUUCAGCAUGAAACUGCUUCACUUUCUGGUGUUUCUAGUAGUGACGAUGAGUCCAACUUGAGCUUAGUCUCGUCUCCCGAUUCGGACUUGUUGCCGCAAUCGUCGGCCGCCGCCUUGAAACUAGCGGCUAAUAGGCCACUGCCUGAGCAAGGAAGGCUGUUGCAGGCGGUGAAGGAUGCAGGUCCGCUCCUGCAGAACAUUCUCCUGGCCGGACCACUUCCUCAAUGGCAACAUCCACCUCCUCAACUGGCCGUCAUCGAGAUUCCACCGGUGGCUAUUUCUUCCCCUAAGCAGCAACUCUUGAAACAAGAGUCUUUCAACAAUGUUAAUGUUUGUUUAGGCAAGAAGAGGGGUAUAGAGAACUAUGAAGACUUUGAAUCUUCUCCCAACACCAAGUACCACAAGGUUGCUCUUCACUAAGGUCAAAUUAUGAUUCUAGUCCCUCUACUACACUCUAAUUUGACAUAA